AUGGAGCUCUCCCCGUCGACGCUCAAGUACGCAAGUCUGUGCGUGCUAUGCGUGCAAAAUAGUCUCCUUGCCAUUUUGAUGAGGCUGUCAAGAGUUGGUAAUUUUCCACGUUUCAAUACAUCAACUGCCGUCUUUGUGGGCGAAGCACUAAAGCUGAUCACGUGCUUUGCGGAGAUUUAUGGACUGAAGAGUUCGGUACGACAAAAGCGUAUAAAUGAAUAUAUUCAAAAUAUUGUCAAUCCAAGUGAGUUGCUACGUGUGAGCGUGCCUGCUUUGCUCUAUGUAGUGCAGAACAACUUGCAGUAUGUGGCAGUGUCAAAUCUGGAUGCACCUACGUUUCAAAUCAUGUAUCAACUGAAGAUUCUUACCACUGCUAUCUUCUCAGUCGUGAUGCUACGAAAGUCUGUGCUAAUCACGCAAUGGGGAGCAAUUAUUUCGCUUAUGAUAGGCGUGGCAUUGGUGCAAUUGGAUGACAAUUUCUCAAAUGCAGUUUCAAAGACAAAAGAAGACGUGAGUCAAAGUACUACCACAGGACUGAUGGCUGUGGUUGCUGCAUGUGUGUGUUCUGGUUUCGCUGGUGUGUACUUUGAAAAAAUUCUCAAAGGCUCCGGCACAAAGACUUCGCUUUGGGAGCGUAAUAUUCAGAUGUGCUUUCUUGGGCUAGCACUCUCUGGUGGUGGUCUAGUAUAUAACGAUUUUGAGUCAAUCUCGACUAUUGGGUUCUUCUAUGGAUAUCGUCCGGCUGUGUGGGCGGCCAUUGCCAUGAGUGCGUUCGGUGGUCUUUUGACGGCUGUUGUCGUAAAAUAUGCCGACAAUAUUCUUAAAGCCUUUGCCACAUCCAUUGCAGUGAUAAUGUCGGUCAUUUUGUCGGUAUUUGUGUUCGACAAAGUACCCACGAGUCAAUUUGUUGUGGGUGCCAUUCUCGUUAAUGGCUCGGUUUACGUUUACGGCAAGGCCCCCGAAUGGCAUAAAGAUUGCCUUGAUCCACUUUUACCUGUCAUAAAAGGCAACUAG